AUGAGGUAUGCGUGGGUGGCCCCGUUGGCAAUAUUGUUACUGGGUGCUCAGUUGGAAGCAAGCAGCAUGCUGAGUAAAACUAUUAACUCUGAUGGAUCUAGAGAUUUUAAAAUUGUGAAACACAUCAAAAAGAAUACGUGUACCUGCUCAUGCAAAUGCGUCCCCGAUGUUUCUGUGAACCCAUUUGAUGUGACCACUACUCUAUCGUCGAUCAACAAUGAUAACGUGGAUAUUGGACCAAGUGUGGACCCAAACCCAACUGGAUCUUCAUUGUUUCAAGAAAUCGAAGCUACCGUUGGAGGACAAACAGUUAAAUCCGAUCAUAGCAUUGACUCAAGCAUAGAGGUGGAGAAGAAGGAGAGCACAACUUCAUCUACCGGAGCUCCAACUACCACAGAAGCUUCUACAACUACUACCGAGGCUGCUACAACUAUUACAGAAGCAUCUACAACUUCUACUGCGCCUGCUGCUUCUGAGACUACAGUAGAAACCACCACAAGCACGCAGGCACCAGUUCAAGUGGUUACUGGAUCUGUUGUGAUUCAUAAGGAGUCAUCGACGGAAGCCACCACCACCACCACUACCACAGAGCCACCAACGACAUCAUCUGCUGCGGUUUCCACUGAUGCAACUACUACUUCUGCUGUGGAAACCAUAACUACACCAACGGAGGAAACCACGUCAGUUGAGGAAACCACAACUUCGACUCCGGUGUCAAAUACUGAAACUUCCGAGAAAUUUACAGCCAUAACUUCAUCCACCGAGGCUUCAACGGAACCUGUCUCCACUUUGGCAUCCGAAGACGGAACUACUGUGACGUCCACGGAAUUUUCAGAAACCACCAAAGAGCCAACUACGGAGACAUCUACGACAACCGAACCUGCUACAACCUCGACUAUAGAGGAAUCAGCAACAACAACCACCGAAAAACCAACCACUACUACUACUGAGGAAACAACAACGACAUCGGAGGAGCCAACAGCCACAACGGAAGAAACUACGACAACUACUGAAAAGUCCACAACCACCACAGAAGAGUCCACGACAACUUCAACUACUGAAGAACCAACCAUGACCACUGAAGAUGUCACUACAACUAAGCAGGCCACCACUCCAGAAGUUGAUAACAAAAUUUCUGGUCCAGCCACUGGGAAACCAGACACCACCCACUUCCCCAGCACCGGAACCACACCAAACUUUGGGGAAAACACUGAAGCGCCAUUUGUGGCUAAGUCUGAAGAUGAUACCAAAGAACCGGUUUCGGAGACCUCCACCGCCAAGAUUGUGACCAGAAUCGAGGUCAAAAAAGAAGAGGAGACCACCACAACUGUAGUAUCAACUACGCAAGAAACUGAAGUCUUCCAUAGCACCAUAAAGCUGAAAGUUUCCACUGAAGAGAAGCAAACUACUCCAGAAGAGACCACAACACAAGAAGUCAAGGUGACCAAGCCAAUCAAAGAAUCUAAAGUGAAGGUUACUCCAAAACUUGAACUUUCGAUUGAUAGCCCAACCGAGAUUACCAAGAAUCCAACAACAGGUAUAGAACGCGCUGCUAUAAAUAAAUGUGAAGUUUUAGUCACACCAAAGAAGACAACAAAGACUUCAACAACCACAACUGAAGCUGUAACAGAGGAGUCUAUAACAGAAAAACCAACGACUGUAACCACCACAGAAGAGUCAAAAACUACGGAGGCAUCAACGACAACUUCUGAGCCAACGACCACCGAACAGAUCACAACGACAGAGGCUCCAAAGACUUCCGCCUCUACCACUGAGGAAACAACAACUACAUCAGAAGAGCCAAAAACCACUGCUGAAGCAGUUACGACAACUACGACUACUGAAGCAUCCACAACUACCGAGGAACUAAGUACGACUGUUGCGAAAACUACCACUACUACUACAGCGACUCCAUCCACAGUUGAGGAAACUAAAACUUCAGAGGAGCCAACUAAAGCAGUUUCCACAUCUUCAGAAGAAGCUACUACCACUUCUCAAUCAACAACUCCUGAGGUGACUACUGUGUCCGCUGAAAUCGCUACUGAGACGUCUACCCUUCCAACCACAACUACCGAAAACACAACGGAACCAGUUACUACUACCGAAGCUUCCACCACCGUCUCCGUUAUUCUGGAAACAUCCACUCAACGCCAACUUCCUGAGAGAUGGAAGGCAAUUGUGAACAAGCUGAAACACAAAUUGGAGGUUCUAAAGGAGCAAAAACGUCUGUUGAAAGAGAAAGAGAGCACAUCUACUACUGUAGCAGAGGAAACCAGCACUGUGAUUGCGGAAAAUGUUGAUGAAGCCACGACAGAGAAGGUUCCAGAGGUUACUACAACCGAAGCAUCUACGACAACGGAGCCAACCACCACCACUGAAACCACCACUACUGAAGCAUCAACCACUACUACGGAGGCGGUGACAACAACAGAAUCUACCGAAACUACGACCACACCGGAGGAAACAACAAGUAUUGAAUCGACUACAACUGAAUCUGCCACCAUUAUCACAACGGAGCCAACCACUACAACUACGUCUGAAUCUACAACUGGAUCCACCACAUCCGAGGUUGCCGCAUUUGUAACUGAAGAAUCUACUACCACGGCUUCCGGAACAACACCUGAAGAAACUGAAGCUUCAGAGAAGCUAGGCUCUCAUCGUGAUUUUGUGCCGAAAAAGCACAAAACUACAACGAAGACUCCUGAAGCUACUAAAACCACUACUACAACUACUGAACCAACAAUGACUACAACUGAACCAGCUACGACUACCGUAGAGAGUACUACUCCAGAAACAACCACGAUCGCAGUCUCCACCACUGAAGAGCCUACUGGUUCUGCAUUCGUCACUGGAGCUUCUAUUGAUGAGACCACAAUUGACACUAUGGAGCUUCUUAACAAAAUCAACAGCACUAAAAUUGCUCAACCAAAGCCAACUGAUAUUUCCAAGACUGAUGCUCUUUCCUCACUUAUUAGUGGAUUAAUCGGAUCGUUUACAAAAGGAUCAACUGCACCGACCAUCGCCACCACUGAACCUUCGUUUGUGACAGCACCCGAUUCCACAGAUCUUGGAAGCGAAAUCCGUAAAGCUCAACCAAAUUUGAGCAGUCAGACAGAGAUUGAGAAGGAAAUCAGAGAACAAAGAUAUCGAAUGGAAUUGGAGAAACAAGAGCAACAGUUGAAGGAGACCGCUAUCAACGAACAAUUACAGGAGGAAAAGGCAAGAGCUGAGAUGUUGGAGAGAAAACAAAAAAUGAUGGAGCAAUUGGAAGAGUUGAAGGAGGCCGAGGAGCGACAAAGAGUUCUUCUAGAACAGGAACGGCUUCAGGAGGAAGCUCGACUAAAGUUGAUUGCCGAGAAACAAGCUGAGAUUGAUUUCGCUUCAAUUUCCACAACUACCGAAGCUUCCAAAUUCAAAUAUAGAUUGAGACCAGCUCAGUGUGCUGCUAUCAACAAGUUCACAAGAGUGUUCAACAUCACAGACCCAUCUGAAUGGAUUCAAAAGAACUGUGAAUUCGCUAAACGAUACUUCCCAGAAGCAUCCUGCCCACAGAUCCAAGCUCUCAUCGAAUCCUGUUUCGCCUUCCUUUAA